AAGGAGUAAGCUUGUCGCCGGGCAAAUGACCUUAUAGAACCUCUUAAACGUACCAUUUUUACAGCUCUCACAGCUCUAGAAGCUCUACUACAUACCAAGGCAUGUAUGUAAUCUUUGAACGGCCUGUCCAUCAUAUCACAUCACAUGAGAAACGGUCGCCGUCGCAAAAGCCAACCAUGGCCCUAAAGGACGUAGACAACUUCUUUAUGGAGUCUGUUCACACUGACGAAGCUGGUCUCAGCAGCCACUUCACCACCACACCACCCACAGACGUUGAGGAAGAGGGCAUAACCACGGAACAGUUGGAGCAGAUAUGGAGUUGGAACACUCCGAUUCCCCCAACACUGGAGAUCUGUAUGCAUGACCUGGUGGCCGAACAAGCCAGCAAAGACCCUACCCGAUUAGCCGUGCAUUCGUGGGAUGGCGACUUCACAUACCACGACGUCGACUCGAAAUCCGACCAGCUCGCCGCCCAUCUCGUGUCGGUAGGCGUCAGCAUAGGCUCGAUCGUGCCCUUAUGUUUCGAAAAGUCCAGAUGGACCUCCGUGGCCGUGCUCGCCGUCAUGAAAGCCGGGGGCGCCUUCGCCCUGAUGGAUCCAAGCCAGCCGGAAGGAAGACUGCGCACCAUUGUCGAGCAAACCGGCGCCUCCGUCGUGGUAACGUCAAAGCUACAAGAGAGCCUCGGCCUCCGCAUCGCGCCCAACGCUACACACAUCACCCUAUCCGCCGAACACAUUUCUUCCCUUUCUGACGUCUCCCCGAGCUUGCUGCCGGUGGUACCGCCCAGCGCAGACCUAUACAUACAAUUCACAUCCGGCAGCACCGGCAAGCCCAAGGGCGUCGUGAUCACGCACGCGAACUACUCGAGCGGAGCAGUACCACGCGCCGACAUCGUCGGCUACCGCGCGCACUCGCGCGUGCUCGACUUCGCCUCGUACGCCUUCGACGUCUGCAUAGACUGCAUGCUGUGCACGCUGUCCGUCGGCGGGUGCCUGUGCAUCCCGUCCGACGCCGACCGCGUCAACGACCUCAGCGGCGCCAUCCGCUCCAUGGGCGUCAACAUGGCGCACAUGACGCCCUCCGUCGCCCGCGUCCUCGACCCGGAUAUCAUCCCCACGCUCGAGGUCCUCGGGCUCGGAGGCGAGGCCAUAUCGGCGGGUGAUGCGGCGGCGUGGAGCCGGAGCACCAAGGUCAUCAACGCGUACGGCCCCUCGGAGUGCACCGUCGGGUGCGCCGUCAACGGGGACGUGGGCGCCGAGAGCAAGAAACCCGCUGUUAGCAUCGGCCGCGGCGUCGGCGGCACGCUCUGGAUCGUCGACCCCUCCAACCACAACCGCCUCAUGCCGGUCGGCUCCGUGGGCGAGCUCCUAGUCGAAGGCCCCAUCGUCGGGCCCGGCUACCUCGGCGACCCGGAAAAGACCGCAGUCGCGUUCAUCAACGACCCCAAGUGGCUCGUGGCGGGAAGCCCGCAGCACGAGGGGCGAUCGGGACGCCUGUACAAGACUGGCGACCUGGUGCGCUACGACCUCGACGGCACCAUCAUCUUCGUCGGCCGCGGCGACCAGCAGGUCAAGCUGCGCGGCCAGCGCAUCGAGCUCGCCGAGAUCGAGUACAACAUGCUCGACAAGCUGCCGCCGGGGACCCGCGUCGCCGCCGAGGUGAUCCGCCCCGGCGGCCCGGCCGGCGAGCCCACGCUCGUCGCCUUCAUCGCCGAGCGCGCCGGCCUCGUGGCAGAGCUCGAUCCGCUGCUAGGAUCGCUGUCCACGUCCGUCCAAGACGCGCUCGCGGACAUGAACCGCGCGCUCGGCGAGCACCUGCCCAUCUACAUGGUGCCCGCCGCGUACAUACCCCUGCAGACGAUGCCGCUGCUCGUGUCGGCGAAGACGGACCGCAAGCGCCUGCGCGAGCUGGGGCACGCGCUGAGCCGGAAGGACAUCGCGGGGUUCGCGGCGGCGACGGUGCCGAGGAGGGAGCCGACGACGCCGACGGAGAAGAAGCUCGCGCGUCUGUGGGGGCUGGUGCUCGGCGCGGAGGUCGAGGUCGGCGCGCACGAUAACUUCUUCAACCUGGGCGGCGACUCGCUGCGCGCGAUGAAGCUGGUCGCGCAGGCGAGGACCGAGGACCUCGUGCUCACGGUCGCGGGCAUAUUCGCGAACCCGGUUCUCUCGGACAUGGCGCUGGUGGCGCGGCCAGGGUCUGACGAGGGGAACGUGGAGGUUCCGGCGUUUUCGCUGCUCGGGGAGGGGUGGGCUGAGGAUGCGGCGAGGAAGGAUUGUGCGGACUUGUGCGAGGUCGAUCCCGCGACGAUCGAGGAUGUGUACCCGUGCACGCCGCUGCAGGAGGGGCUUAUGGCGUUGUCGGCUAAGGUUAGCGAGGCGUAUGUUGCGCAGCGCGUGGUGGAGGUUGCGGAUGAGACGGCGGCGCGGGACCUCGCGAGAGCUUUUGAGGUGGCUGCUGUUGAUUGUCCCAUUCUACGGACGAGGAUCGUGCAGGUGCCUGGGCACGGGCUGGUGCAGGUAGUGGUCAAGGGCGACUUCGACUGCCAGUGGCUCUCCGGGCAAAGCCUGAACGACUAUCUCGUGCAAGAUCGGAAGGAUCCGGUUGAGCUGGGCAGGCCGUUGGUUAGAUACGGAGUCGUCGUCAACGAGGCGACAACCGGCAAGUCGCAUUUCGUGUUGACGAUGCACCACGCUUUAUACGACGGGUGGUCGAUGCCGCUGGUAGUGGAACGAGUCAACCGAGCGUACAACAACCUCCCCACCCACAGACCCGCCGACUUCAAGCACUUCAUCAGCUACCUCACGACCAUGGACCGCAAGGAAUCGGAAACAUACUGGCGCGAACGCCUAGACGGCGCGAAUGGCGAGCAAUUUCCCGCGCUCCCCUACUCCGGGUACCAACAGCAAGCCGACUCGCUCCUCGAGCACUACAUCCCGACCAGCAAGCCCACGACCGGCAUCACCACCGCGACCAUCAUCCGCGGCGCCUGGGCUCUCCUAGUAUCGACCUACACCGCCUCCAACGACGUCAUCAUCGGCGAGACCCUCACGGGCCGCAACGCGCCGAUCCCGGGCGUCGAGCAGAUCGAGGGCCCCAUGAUCGCGACCAUCCCCGUCCGCGUCUCCGUCGACCGCCGCGCCACCGUCCAGGAGUACCUCCAGGAGAUCCACGACCAGUCCGUCGCCGGCAUCCCGCACGAGCACUUCGGGCUGCAGCACAUCCGGCGCCUGAGCCCCGACGCGCGCGAGGCGUGCGAGCUGCGGACGGGCCUUGUCCUGCACCCGAGCACCGACGACGAAGAGGUAGCUCUGGGCGACAAGUCGCAGCCGGCCAACGGCUUUGUCCCCGCGGGCGACGCGGAGGCCGCGCAGGAGGCGCUCAAGUUCAACACGUACGCGCUGAUGCUCGUGUGCUCGCUGGACCCGUCCGGGUUCCUGGUCAUGGCCAGCUUCGACUCGAAGACGGUCGCGAGCCCGCAGAUGCAGCGGAUGCUAAGGCAGCUGGCGAGGAUCACCGAGCAGUUUGCGGAGAACCCCGGCGCGAUGACCUGCGGGGAGAUACAGGUUUUGGCCGAGGAGGAUGUGGCGGAGCUCAGGAGUGCGAGCUUGGAGAGCGCGAAGAGCAAUGCGGUGGCUUCGUUGCUGCCCGAGGAGGGGUGCGAGGUUUCUGAGGUCUGGAUCGUGGAUACGGCGGAUGCGGAACGGUUGCUGCCGCUGGGCGCGGUCGGAGAGCUUGUGUUGCGGUGUUCAGGGGAAGCGCCUGGGCUAGAAGCACUGCCAAAUGCACCCAAAUGGGCCGAGCCGAGUUCCGAGCAAGAAGGCCAAUUCUACCGAACGCACAAGCUCGCCAAGUUCUCCAGCGACAACAACACCGUAGCGCUAACGCUAGUCCAGCGAACUGCUCCCGCCCCCUCCUCCACCACCCCCAGCACCCAGCCCAAGCGCGUCUCCGCCACUUCCGCAAAACAAAAGAGCCUACGACAGACAUGGAGCCGCGUGCUCGGCCUGGAGGAAGACGAGAUCGGGCUGAACGACAGCUUCUUCCAGCUCGGCGGCGACUCGAUCGGCGCGAUGAAGAUCGUGUCGGAGCUGCGCGCCAAGGGGCUCGCGCUUACCGUGCCCGAGAUCUUCCAGCACCGGACGCUGUACGAGAUGGCGAAGGCGGUCAAGGAGAGCAAGAAAGUCGCCGUCGAAACGAUGGAGGCGCCGCCCGCUGCAUUCUCGCUGCUCGAUGCGACCGACAUAGAGGCUUUUAUUGCGGAGGAAGUCCGGCCGCAGCUUGUCGUCCCCGGCACGAUCCAGGAUAUUCUCCCCGCCAGGCCGCUCCAGCAGGUCGCGGUCAGGGGCACCACCCAGCUCCCCCGCUUCUCGGCACGGUACGAGCUGUUCCACUUCGACGGGCCCGUGGACAAGGAGAAGCUGUUCCGCAGCUGCCAGGAGCUGGUCGCGCGCAACGAGAUCCUGCGCACCGUGUUCGUGGAAGUCGCGGGCCAGUGCUUCGGCGUCGUCCUGGAAGAGCUGCGCGUCGCCAUCGACGAGUACGAGAUCGCCGGCGACAGCAGCAACGACCUACAGUCCUUCGCGCACAAGCUCUGCGACGUGGACGUGCAGUCCAAGAUGCCGCACGGCUCCGCCUUCGUCAAGUUCCUGUACGUCCAAUCCCCGCACAACCGCAGCUGCCUCGCCUUCCGCAUCUCGCACGCGCAGUACGACGAAGUCUGCCUCCCCGCGCUGAUCCGCCAGCUCGCCGCCUUGUACGACGACGCGCCAACCCCGGACUCGACGCCCUUCUCGUCCUUCGUCUACCACGUCGUCAACAAGGCCAUCCCGCACAGCACGCCGUACUGGCGGGACCUCCUCCGCGGCAGCGCGCUGACGGUGCUGCGCCCGACGGGCAGGAGCGUCGCGCAGCUGAAGACGCGGACGGCGGCGGCGGUCAGCAGGACGCUGGAUAUUUCCGCGCGCCAGCGCGACAUCACCAUUGCCACGCUGCCGACGGCCGCGUGGGCGCUGUGUCUCGCGCGCCGGCUCAACGUGCGCGACGUCCUCUUCGGCGAGGUCGUGAGCGGGCGGAACAUCGACAUGCCGCGCGCGGACGCCGUGAUGGGGCCCACGUGGCAGUACGUUCCUGUGCGCGUCAAGUUCGGCUCCUCCUCCUCCUCCUCCUCCUCCUCCGAUAAUGAUGAUGAUGCUGAUGACAGCUGGCGCGCGAUCGACCUGCUCCAACACAUCCAGCACCAGCACGUCGCGAGCGCGCAGCACGAGUGCAUGGGCCUCUCGGAGAUCGUGCGCGCGUGCACCGACUGGGCGCCCACCGGCGACGAGUGGUUCGACACCGUCGUGCACCAGGACGUGUACCACGUCGAGGAGCUCAGCCUCACGAGCGGCAGGGGCAGCGUCAGCAGCUGCCGCCUCGAGACGGUGUACCCGCACCUCGAGCCGCUGCGCGAGUGGAAGGUGCAGGCGUUUGUGGCGGGGGACACGCUGACGCUGGAGAUCGUCACCUUUGAGGAGUGGAUCGACACGGCGGCGGAGCUGCUGGAUGAGCUGGAGGGCAUCGUGGAGAUGUUGGUUAGGAGGCCGGAGGAGAGGAUUUUUGGUUAAGUUGAGGGGGGGGGGUGUUUGCUUGCGUGCAUACAUUCUUAGUACCUAAGGCAAUUCUGGAUAUGUAUAUGUAAAAGGCGAGAACUACUAGGUUUAGUAGUGGUUCUGGUGUAAAUAGUACCUUUUUUCUUUUUGCAUACGUCUAUUGUUCUUUUUUUUUUUUUUUUUUUUUCCUUAUUAUGUUUGGAAUAUAUCAUGCUGUACGUUAGGUAUCUACUCAUGUAAAAGUAUACCAUGAUCUUACUACUAUUUUGA